GGUGUUAACCCUUAAAUGAUUUGCAUCGUUGUGAAAAAUUGAAUGUUUAUAACAACUUUGCAUGCUAGCACAAAUAUGUAGGGUUCAUUCAUAUCUAGAUAUUUGCUAUGAGCCAAUCUGAUGAACAAGAAAAUCACUUUGAGCGGAAGCUCUCAGAGAUUGCCUUCGCUCUCGAUGAAGACGAUUUGGAUCAACUACUCUUCGGAUGCAAAGAUAUCAUUCCAGAUGGAAUUAGAGACGCCAUUCAAAACGUUAAACAAUUAUUUGAAGAACUUAAAAAGAGAGGAAAGCUGAAUGAGGCUAAACAAGAGUUUUUGAUUGAUUUAUUACGAAGCAUUGGUCAUGAAGAACUGGCCUGUGAUUUAGAGUCUAGUGUAGAUUUUCCGCUAGACGAACGAACGUUGGAACAGAUCUACAAUCUUAAGAGGAAGGGAAAGGCAGCGUUCAAAGAAAAGAAAUUUAGCAAAGCUUGUCAGAUCUACGAGGAAGCCAUAGAAUUGAUUUCGCCACGUAAUCUAAACAGAGAGGCUGUCAAAGAAAGACGACAUCUGAGGUUGAAGUUGAUUCGAUCUUUAAUUUGCAAGAUCUCACAAAACAAACAGGAAAAUGAAAUUGAUCAUGAUCAAUAUAAAAGGAAACUGCACGAGGCAAAGACAGCAUGUCUUGAAUUGCUAAACUAUGACCCGGAAGACUUCAAAGCAAAGUUCCUUCUCUCGAAAUGCCUUGUUGGUUUGGAACAAUACGAUGAUGCUUUCAAAGAAUUAACAAUUCUUCUCAAAAUUCAACCCAAGAAUCCUGAUGUUUUAAUUCUAUACGAGGAGAUGAGUCAACAACUGCAGAUCAAAGAUGAUACUCAUGUUCGGGGUGUACCUUUUCCAGCAUAUGGGCAAGGAAAAACCAUAGGCGAAACUUAUCCAAGCAAGAUUCUAGUUGUAUGUGACAAAUGGUCGGGAUGGCACCACAGUCAUUACACUGUUAAUCGACAUCUAUGCAAAACCCUAGCAAAACARCCAGGGGUACAAGUCGCUUGUAUUGUGCUGGAUGCCAAAGAAACSGACGAAAGAAAAGCGACAAGGGAUGGCAUCUUACUUAUUAAAGCUGCUAACAGGACAGGGAUUCCAGUUGGUGACAUGAGAUUGCUUCUUAUGCAUGACAGUUUUCCUUUCGAUGAACCAGACAUUGUAAUUGGUCAUGCAAUGGUAACUGGUGCGGAGGCUGCAGAAAUCGCUCGUCGGUUUAAAUGCAGAUUCAUGCAGAUACUAUAUGAUCCACCGGAAGAGUGCACUCACAAUAUGAAUCCUGAAUCAGUAAGCAAAAUGGAAAAGAUGGCCGAGCUGGGAAGAGAUGCAGAUUUUGUAGCUGCAAUUGGUCCAAUUUUAACACUUGAGUGGAUCAAUAAGCUWGGGCGGGAUGAUGUCAUGGARYUGAUACCUGGAAUUCCYGAAGGUAUACAGCGAAACUCAAUCCCAUCACCCUCCAAUAGAUGCCUAGUUGUAGAUAGCAUGACAAAGGAACGUGAUUCAGGACUGCAACUAUCUAAGAAAGCWYUGAGUGACUGCAAGAAAAGAGUAAGGCCAAUCAAGGUCACAGUACAAGGAACUACCCGCGCMUUGAAAGAUGAGCUAAAGCAACAGUUUAAAGGCGAAGCAGCCCGUUCAAAKUUUGAUAUUCAUGUCACAUCCUCUGAAGCUAGUCUUGAAUCAGUWCGUGGUGAAAUUAGUGCUGCUUCCGUGUURAUUAUGCCUGAAMCUUCCGAAAUGUUUGGCGUGCGUGCUCUUGAGGCAGUUGCUGCAGGAGUGCCAAUGUUAAUCAACACCAGCUUUGGCUUCGCUGAUGUUUUGUUUAAACAUUUCCAUAAGAAAUUUUGGGAGUUUUUGUGCUUUAGCGAUGAUGAAGAUGCUUAUGAAACGUGGUCGGAACGCAUCGAUGCCUUAUUUGAUGACAGAGAUAAGUAUUUUGCUCUAGCAGCAGAAUUGAAAAACGAGUGGCAGAAAAUGUUUUCCUGGGAGGCACUWGUAAAUAAGCUGUUUUACAAGUUUUCAAUGUCAGGKUAUUUUACAAGCCCCCAAUUCGCACCUGUUGACUWMAGMUCGUCAAGACCAUCAAAAUGUUCUGCCCAAGCACUGAAGUUUGUWAAGGAGGAACUGCGUCUUAGUGAGAAGCGUCGAAAGCACAUACUAAUUGUUUCYCCUACUAACUUCCAAGAAACGCCCCUUAUACAAUAUUUCGCCAAGAUUUCUUGGAUAUCUGUGUUUGACUUUGAUAUGAACAGUCCAAAAACAGGAUUCCUAUCAGGCUGUGAGAAGGCAGGAAAUGAGAUGGGWUUGAAAAUCUGCAGAAUGAUUUGUCCAGAAGAUUCCGAAGAAAGGAAGCGCAAAGUCAACAUUCCAAAAGGAGUYCCAUGGAUUCUUCUUGAAGGAACACAGGAUUCAAAGAGAGAUAUGAAUGAUUGUUUAGAGUGGCUUAAAAAUGUGUUUGCUGCCAUAGAAAGUAACUACCAUGUACCUAUCACAAUUCUGGUGCUAUGGAAUCCAUGUGAGCAAAGCAGAAGUCUUUCAAAAAGGCUUAUCAAGCUUUUGUUUUUCGUUGAGUCAUCGUCUCUGAAAGAUAAAGUAAAGCUUGCAAUUGURUCAACCGAAAAGGARCAGUCAUCUUUUUUCCAGGACAUUGAAGAGGACUGGGAUGUAGCUGUCCAUGGACUUUCYCUCGUUGACUUGUGUGUUGCUGUWAACGAGGUUGUUGCUGAAAAYCCAUUUUGUCAUGAACAYAUCAGYUUUGCUGUCCCUGUAGCYUCAGCAGAUGGUGGAAUUGAGAUGCAGACAUUGCCUUGUGAGUUAAGGUGGAUAAAUGCUGAAUUGGAGGUUCUCUACCAAUCAGUUGGUGACAUUCCAGACCACGAAACAGACGACGCCAACCAUUUUUACCGCGGUGGUACAAUCUCAUGGUAUGCCUUGAACUCUGAUUAUGCCAUUGAAAGAGAAACCUGCGAACCAAUCAGGAARAAAAUAGAUGAGCUUCUACCUGCWGCAGGAACAAYWUGUCUACAGCUUCCACAUAAACGAGGAACCGGAGGAACGACAACWGCYCGAAAAAUYCUCUUUGAUUACCAYGAGAGCUAUCCCUGUGUCAAUGUAAAAUCYAUCAACCUAUCUGAAACUGCACCUGCCAUCAAAGCUCUUGCAGAUUUUUGCAAAUUGCCAGUGAUAGUMCUCGUURACUGCAAGCACAUCCAAGGAGAAGAAUUUGAUUUAAAGAUGCUAUUCAACAAUCUAUCUAAUUCAAGAGCAUCCUGUAUCAUCAUAGAAGUUGUMCACCAACAUGGAAAGCAAGGAAAGGSUUUGCCAUUGAAAGCUGCUGAAUGCCUSAGYGAAAACGAGGCAGAGGAAUUUGUYAAGACGUACAGUAACUUAAAUAAAGGGAAACUGUCUUUCUUGCAAAAAYUGAGGAAAAAUGAGCGCAAGGAACUUCAGAUUCCGUUCUACUAUGCUUUGGUCACAUUUGAAGAUCAGUUUACUGCCCUCGAUCCUUUCGUGGAAGAUUGCAUAAGGAAUUCAGACGSUAACCAAUGCAAAGUGCUCAUYUUUCUUGCCAUAGCUCACCAUUACGGACAUGCUACUAUUCCAGAAGCCACRUUAACAUCCUAUUUGAAUGUUCCUUUCGACACAAAYUUGGAAGAUGUCCUCACUAAAGAUUCACUGCAGUUGUUAAUAGAAGAAGAGGAAGGAGAGUGGAGACCACGACAUGAUUUAAUCGGAUCCAAGAUGUUGGAAAAGCUUCUGACGAUGGAAAUUUCCAAUUCACAAGCCAGGAGAGUCCAUCCAGAUUAUUGGAKKCAAAGAAUUGCUGAGAAAGCUAAGGAAUUUAUUUGCCACAUGCCAGAAAAGCUUGUUUCUCAUGUGCUUACAGUAAGAGCCUUUUCGGAUGARAGGYAUCCUGAGUAUUUUUCGCCUCUGAUYAACGAUGUYCCUGAUGACGACGAUGCAAUMAGUGUUUUUGAAAAAGCCAUYGAUGUAUUUCCAGACAACAUCUUUUUCAAGGUUCAUCUUGGCAGAUUCUAYAGUAUCAAGAAAAAAGCGGCAGGAUAUGAAAUGGCUGUCAAGUACACGGAUGAAGGUAUAGAURGUGCGGAAAGUAAUAUGUCAAGACUGGUACGAGGUCARUUUGCCCAAAUGAGAGGAGUAGUUUGUAGCAGGCAUGUCAGUUAUCUGAUGGCCGACGGCGUGGAGCUGAAUACAGUUMUAAACUAUGCAAYUGAGGGAUGUAAGUGGUUAAGAAGAGCUGUUMGUAUUUGCCCAGACAUGGUUGAUGGGUACAUCCCUGAAGUGAAAAUGAUGUGCCGUUUAUUUGARCAUAUUCAUACCACAACGGGAAGUUUGCACGGCUAUCUURAGGAUUCAACAUGYCAGCAGUUUAUUCUKGAUGGCAUAUCUAAAACAUUAGAUACUAUCGAAUGCGUGCCUGACAACGACAAUUACAUMUAUUGGAAAGUCAGGAUUCUCAAUCUUGGUCUUCGCAAGGGAAGCCAUCCUCGUUUGGAAGAAACGCUUGAUGUUUUAGAAAAGCUUCGAAWYAGCCAAAGAGCAAGCAGAGGCCUCAUCAAUCGYCACAUCGUCGCUACRAAAAUUGAAAUUUGUCGUUCARAAAAGAAKAGYCUAGCUUCARUUGCUCCUGAAGYUAUGGAGCURCUUAACGAAGCAYUGGCUUGUGAYAAAGAUGGUCUUGAUAGAACMAUGUCCAYGUGGGUUCGAAUCGCACCAUUUGAUCCAACAAUCACAAUCCAAGAUGGAGAUARUCGUAUUUUCAAGUGGUGUGCCGAGACGAAGUCUCUUCGCUCAUAUCUAUACAAGUACAUUAUGGUUUUUCUUAAAGCUCUGGAUAAGGACGAUCARAAAUCUCAAAAGAUUCUGAGAAAUUCCUUUCAAGAUCUUCUAAAUACUGUUAAAGCCAUAAGCAGAAAAGAUGUUGGCAUUGUYCAAGACCCAGAGAAAGCAGUUGUUUGGCUYGGGAAAAAGUCCAACAACAUGGAUCAACUGAUUUAUCUUAACCUCCCUGACAAUGUGGUWCUACACAGACGAACGAAGAAAGUGCUACCCAUCGAGCAGACAACACAUCUCAGACGUCUCACUGGGAUAAUUGCUUGCACAGAUCCCAAACUGGGUAAAAUAGCAAUUGGAAAGACAKUAAACUUUAAAUUCAGGACUGAUCUGUGUGACCCACCCUUAACCAGUGCUACCUUUGCAAACCGAAAGGUAGAAUUUUUUCUCGCCUUUAACUAUUUUGGUGUUGAAGCAUAUAACGUCAAAGUGAUUGAUGAUGACUGAUUGCAUGGCUCAGAUAGCACAUCGUCAACUGUAUAGCAAGAAAAAACUUAAUAUGAUUACUACAUCACAGAAAAUCUGGACUCACGUAGUAUCGUGCACUACGCAUUUUAUUAAUGGGAUUUUAAGUCUCUAUGAUUACAUUAUUGAUCGAGAGAUUGAAGAUUGAACACUAGAGAAACCGUCUGUCUAAAUGACUUUACCACCAUUAUGGUGCAUUUUUAAAUUUAAAAUUCUUAUAGAGAGAACUUAAUUUGAAAGCUAAAAUAGUGAGUAGAUGAUAGCAAUUAUUGAAUAACAGAAUUUACCAAAGUAGAUUACGCACUUUCCAGAGACAGAAGGGGCAGAAUAGUCUAUUGUUAAUCAGACAGCUUUUUGUCGAAAGUUUUCUGCAAUUUUUCAAUCAAAUGAACAGGAA